ACACACACACAUAUACGCAGACAGACAGACAGACAGACACACACACACACACACACACACACACAGACAGACAGACAGACAGACAGAGGAAAAGUUAGUCAAGAUGGCAAAUCACCAGACCCGGACUGAAGGAGCGCCGCUCCCCCGAAAAACCUAAACCUGACCAUGAUAACUGCGGAGGAGGUGUUCCAGGGAUUCCCUGAAGAAAAAUGCCAGUGAGGCUGAAGCUGAUGUGACACAGCGUGUGCUGUAAGAACGCUGACUCAUCGAAUAUCAAUCCCUCUGAGAGCGACCUGGACCUCUAAGCAAUCUGGAGCAGCUCAUAACUCUAAUGCCUUGUUAGAAGAGCACAUCACAACCUCCUCUUCCUCCUCCUCCUCAGAUAGGAGAAGACGGAGCAGAAAGUCCUUCAGCAGGAAUAAAUCCGACAGCAUCUGUGUGUGUGAAACAAAUGUCAGUGAACAGGUUUAUAAUGACAAAGACCAGAAGGAGAACAGAGAGACAUCUCUGUCCCUGAAGACAUCAACCACCAGGUGAACCAGUGUAAAGUUACCUGUGAGUCUCACGCCCCUCCCGGCCCGGCCCGGCCCGGCCCGGCCCGGCCCGGCCCGGCACAGUGACCGUGCUUCACAGACCAUGAUGUUUCGUGAUCAGGUGGGCGUUCUGGCCAGCUGGUUCAAAGGGUGGAAUGAGUGUGAGCAGACUGUUGCUCUGCUGUCCCUGCUGAAGAGGGUCAGCCGGACCCAGGCCCGCUUCCUGCAGCUCUGUCUGGAACACUCACUCGCUGAGUGCACUGACCUGCAGGUGCUGGAGGGAGAGGCCAACAGCCCAGGAGUGAUCAGCCAGUGGCAAAGUGAACCUAAGGAGCACGUCAUCUCACUGGUCCUCACACAUCUCCCACUGCUCAAACCUGGCAAUGUUGAAGCAAAGGGCGAGUACAUGCGUCUGCUGCCACGAAUACUGGCUCACACCAUAGAGCACGGCCACCACCUGGAGGAGUCUCGCCAGCUUCUGUCCUAUGCUCUCAUUCAUCCAGCCACCUCCUUGGAAGACCGCUCUGCCUUGGCACUGUGGCUCAACCACCUGGAGGAAAGGGCCGCUGCCCGGGGAGACUCACUGGAGCGGCCCCCUCCUGCUGGGCCCCACCAUCAUCACCAUCAUCACCAGUCAACACCAUCAUUAACCCUCUCCACAUCUGGUUCCUCCUCGUCCUCCUCGUCCUCCUCCUCCACGAACACCUCUUCAUCAGGCAACCUUUAUUCCUUGCAUCACCACCAGCGCUAUGGCUCAGACGAUCGUCUCAAUGGAUGGCAGAGCUCCAGGGACUCGGGGUUGGGCGGAGGGUGGCAGCAGCAGCAGCAGCAGCAGCAGCAGCAGCAGGGCUGUGAGAAUGGGCAUCUGCUUCUCUACCCAUCAUCCUCUGUGCCAACAACCUUAAACACAGUUGGAACUGGCGGAGGCAGUAACACGAUUCUAACGAGUGGAGGUGGCAGCCAGCAGCACAGUCCCCUGAAGCGCUCAGUGUCUCUAACGCCUCCCAUGAGCGGCCCUAGCAACCAGCCUCUGGGCCAUGUGUGGCUCUCUCAGGAGGAUCUACGCACUGCUAGAGGCCCAGCCCCAGACCAUGCACCUCUCUCACCCCAGAGCAGCAUUGCUUCCUCAGGCAGUGGAGGCAGUGAGCACCUGGAAGAGGCUUGUUUAGGAGGAGGUUCAGGUCUUCAUCGUAGUUCCUUUCAUGAGGAGGGCAGUGGCAUGAGGGAUGUCCCUACAUGGCUGAAGAGUCUCCGUCUUCAUAAAUACGCCGCUCUCUUCUCCACGAUGACCUAUGAUGAGAUGAUGUCACUGACUGAAGAGCAGCUGGAGUCACAGAAAGUCACUAAAGGAGCGAGACACAAGAUUGUGAUCAGCAUUCAGAAGCUCCGAGAAAGACAGAACCUUCUGCGCAGCCUGGAGAAGGACGUGUUGGAGGGCAGUAACCUGCGCGCACCACUGCAGGAGCUUCACCAGAUGAUCAUAACUCCCAUCAAAGCUCUCAGUGGCAGUGAGGAAGCCUCUCUGCAGCGCUGCCUCCUGAGCUCUGAGGGUAAGAGCGCUGCACCUGGUUCACACCUGACUGCUGGAGGUGGUGGGGAGGCGGAGUCAGGUACAAGCGUGAUUGCAGAGGGGGAUCUGCCUGGACAGUUCACCCGUGUGAUGGGCAAAGUCUGUACCCAGCUGUUGGUGUCGAGGUCAGACGAGGAUAACAUCAGCUCCUACCUGCAACUCAUCGACAAGUGCCUUAUCCACGAGUCCUUCACUGAGACGCAGAAGAAGAGGCUGUUGUCAUGGAAACAACAGGUCCAAAGACUGUUCCGCUCCAUUCCCAGGAAAACUCUGCUCGACUUAGCAGGAUACAGACAGCAGAGGAGUCGUUUUGGUCAGUCCAACUCUCUGCCCACGGCUGGUUGUGUUGGGGGCAGCGUGUCGACCAGGAGGAGCCUGAGACAGUUCCAGAUGCCUUCCAGGAGUUUACCAGGUGCCCGGCUGGGUCUGCAGGGGAGUGGAAGUCUGCUGGGACCCACAGCGCGGAGCAGCAGCAGCAGCAGCAGCAGCAGCAGCACAGCCACCGGUCCUAAGCAGGGCACACAGGGUCUGUGGUUUGCUAACCCUGGAGGAAGCAACAGUAUGCCGAGCCGGAGCCACAGCUCUGUGCAGAGGACCCGAUCACUGCCUGUCCACACCACGCCCCCAACCAUGCUCAUGUUCCAGCAAACUGAUCUUCAGUUACCUGUGACGGAGCCAGAUAUCAACAAUCGCCUCGAGUCUCUGUGUCUGAGUAUGACAGAACACGCUUUGGGAGAUGGUGCUGACCGCACGUCAACAAUAUGAAAGGAUGACUUGAGUGAGCAGGUUGAUGAGACUCUCUCACCGUAAACACGCUCCGAGUCACCGGCCCUCCCGUCACCAAAGGACCGGACGGGAUCCAAGGAACACAAACGGCAACACAAGCUAUCGUCCACUCUGUCCACUGGGCUGGAAACACACACUUCCUGCUCCACCAUGCUCACACAGAGAAAUGGACUGUACGCAGGUCUGUGGAUCAGGGCCACAGCGAGGGUCCUCUUCCCUCUCCAACACCUUCUGUUCUCUGCACGUUGACCACAACUCGUGGCGUCUUUCAAGUCCAUAACCGUAGCUCAGACGCAGAGGCGAGGACGAGACAAGCAGACCUAAAUAAGCACGGCCUCCUGCUGUGCAUUCAUGUGCUUUAUGUAUGUAUUGUUUACAUAAUGAUGCUACAGAGACAUCUCACCUGUAGCUGUCAAGCUAGUUUACAACCAACCUGCUUCUAUUUUUGAUCAAACAUUUAGUGACGAUGGGAGAGGAGUGUGAGAGGGACAGAGGACGAUGAAGAAGGAGAGAAAGAAAGUCAGGUGGAGAAAGAAAGAGAAAGUUGAACGAGAAAGAAUGAAGCUGAAGUGAAUCUGGAGAGGGAAGCGGAUGUUUACAGGAGAACGACCACUGAGGCAGGACCUCUGAUUGGCUGAAGAUGACGGAGAAUGAUGAUGUCAUGUCUAAUCGUACUGUCUGAGCGUGUACAGUAUCGUACGUAAAUGGGAGAUUUGAGGCGUUUCUCAGUCUUUCUCAGUAGAAACCAUGUUUGUGAAACAUGAGAGAAGCAGGAGGGGGAUUUGGUUUUGUGUUGCUGACACUUUGAGGAAUAACGCCGUCAAUCUGUGACGGGUAGUUUUCCCAGAGAUUGUCUCAUGAGUGCUUGCUUCCACCUGCUGGCCAAACACAGUCAUGACAGUAGAGACAGGCUGUUAAAAAGAAAAGGAUGAGAAUCUGUCUGUUCUGUCAGUGUACGCCUACAUGGGAUUUAUAUCCUUUCUUUUUUUACUAUGAAUCUCUUGGUUAUUCUGUGUCUUAAUAUUUAUCCUCAGUUUAUUGUUUUAUGGAAAACAGACUGUAUAUUGAAAUAAGUUGGGCAGGAAAGUCGGCUCUGUGCCUGUGUGUGUGUGUGUGUGUGUGUGUGUGUGUGUGUGCAGAGAGUCCUGACCCUGAACGCUCGUCAUCGAGGGUUUUUGAUUAUUAUUGUUUAGUUUCUUCAUUAGUUUGUUGCAAUUCUAUCGAACUUCCUUUGUAUCCUGCACUUGAUAUGAUAAUGUGAUACACUACAACAGUUAGCAGAUCACAGAGAGAGAGAGAGAGUCCAGCUUCACUCUCAGUGGACACAAGAGACACAAUCUUAAAUGAUUUGUAUUGUGUUUGUGCGUCAGUGUUUGUGCAUGUUUGAACUCGUCUGCUUUAUUACUUUUCAUUAUUCAGUUUACAAAAUAAACUUGCACUAACUUUUCAUUGUAGAAGAUAUAAAUGAAUAGUUUGGAUAUUUUUUCAAAAUCACAAGCAAUUUAUUUGCCAUUUGCGACAAAAAAACGUUAAAUAAUAAUUCAUUUAUCAUUUUCUGUUGUUCAACUUACCUGUAGUUCUUCUUCUUCUUCAUAGACUAUAACUGUCUAUGUACAAGCUUGUGAAUACAGAAAUGUGACGCACUGACAGUGACCUGGAUCACUGCAGAGAAAACAUGCACAAACUCUGUUGUAGUACUGAGAUGAGACACAAGGUGGCAGUGGAGAUACACACACACACACACACACACACACACACACACUCACUCAAUUGGUGCAUGUUAGCGUGCACUCUUGUGAUUCUUUUGUCUCCAUGUUUCAGGUGUUUUUGAGUGUUUUGAUUGGUUUAGAAUUAAACGUCGUUAGCUCUGCGUUAGUGAACAAAGAUGAAGAUUCCACCAAAGCAUGAAUGUGACAUGAACACAUUAAUCCUGAACGAUGCUCCUGUCUGAGGGACAGCGUCAGGGUCUCAUCAUAGUCAUCAAUACUUUAAGUAGAUACAACUAUUUAUUCUAUUUUUUUUUUUUUAUCAUUGUUGCAGAGGUGAUACUUUUACUCAUGUAGGUGUAUUUUUAUUUAAAGUACCAUUGUAUUAACAUGUUAUGGCUGGUGACCAUACGUACAUCUCAAAUAUUAACAUAGUUAUUGUUAACUUUUUAUUUUCUGUUGCUGUUGUUGAACAAUAAUCUUGUUUGUAUGUAUCUGUGUAAUGUUCAUGUGUUUGAUGUCACAGGUGCAUCAAAUCAUGUUCAGUUACAAAUGUUCACACUAGAAUAGCAGUUUUUGUUAUUGUCUCACAGAGCAGGAAGUGGACUGUGUGUGACCACAUCACCUGAAUUUACCAACGCCACAACAUCACAGCAUCACAGCGUCAAAACAUCACAACAUCACAGCAUCACAACAUCAUAGCAUCACAGCGUCAAAACAUCACAACAUCACAACAUCAUAGCAUCACAGCGUCAAAACAUCACAACAUCUCAGCGUCAUAACAUAACAUCACAGCAUCAUAGCAUCACAGCGUCAAAACAUCACAACAUCACAGCGUCAUAACAUCACAACAUCACAGCGUCACAACAUCACAACAUCAUAGCAUCACAGUGUCGAAACAUCACAACAUCACAGCGUCACAACAUCAUAACGUCUCAUCACAGCGUCACAACAUCACAGUGUCACAACAUCACAGCGACAGCAUCACUCUUUAUUUUCUUUAUUGUGAACAAAACCCAUGAAAAACAAACUGGUCAUAAUAUUUAUUUUCAUGUUGAAAAAAGUAUCACAGAUGGAAAACGACUUUUGUCAUCUGCACAUUUAUCUGUGUGUGUGUGUGUGUGUGUGUGUUACACACUGCUGGUGAGUUAAAGUUACAGUAAGUAACUGUGUUCAUGGGUUUUGUUUAAAUGGAGAAAACUUGUAUCACACAACUUGUAGCUGUGAGCUGCUUUACAUCACAAACCUGCUCAGUAUCAAAGUCAAGGGUUUUUAUUUGGAACAAAACAAACACUAAACUGUCACAUGUGCCUCGUCAUUAACAGUGUUACAUGGUUAGUGGGAUUUUUCUGGACGAAGUAACAGAGUUACACGUUAGUCACGUGUUACACAUCACUGACAUGUAACAUGUGACUAACAUGUUCCAUGUUUUGUACUUGGACUGAAAACAGACACCACUGAGUUGUGUCUCCACAGACGUGUGGAUCCGUGUGGAUCCUGUAGCGGGAACAGUCGAGCGUUUCAUCAAAUCCAAAUGCUUUGUUUUGACUUGUUUUUUUAUCAGCUCUGCUUCUUCAGUAUUAAGAGAUAACAAAAUAACACCUUGAUAUUCCAAAAAACAUUUAAUGUACUUUAAAUCAAGACAUAUAUGCUGUUUUAUAUCUUUUAUUCCGUGUCAUAGAUUGUGCAGUUUAUUCAGUUCAUGUCAUUAUGGGAUGCCAAGAGUUUUUCUUUGUUUCUUUUUCUGUAACAAAGUGUUAGUGCUGACUGUGCUCCUUUGUUUCCUUUAGUUUGAUUUGAUCAAAGAGCCGAUGUCCUGUAUUGACUGCAGGCUACGUUUAUAUUUGACAAAAGAAUAUCGUAUGUUUAAUAAUAAAAAAAACACAAAAAAGACAAAAAAUUUAAGAAAAUGCUGAAUAAAGAAAAAGAGGGAAUUGGGGGAAAAAAGUGUAAUUUAUAUUUUAAACCUGCAUGCACAAGACUGGGAACGUGGUAUUUAGAAGAACUGAUGACAGUGCCUUUUUUCUACUUUACAAAAUGUAAACGUUACACUUAUUCUGCUCUGUCAAUGUCAUGUGACUCAGUGACAUCAUCACAACUCCUCCCUGUGCCUUAAUCCACUGAUCAACAGAUGACAGCUGACAUUAUUCACAUGGUUUCUGAUUCUAAAAUCACUGCUUCUGGUUCUGGUAUCAAACCAAACAUCAUUCAUUGCCCUCAAAUUAAUGUCUUUCCUUCUUUAUUUAUUUUAUUUUGUAAAUUGCUUCGUUAUUUCUGAGAUUAUUGAUUAUUAAUUUUUGAUUAUUGAUACUUGGCUUGAUAUUGAUUUGGUCAAGUUUAUAAAAAGUAACCUGAAUGAAAAUGUAAGAAAAGAAUCCGUGUGAACGUGACUGUUCUCUGGAGGUACUUUCAUCAUCAUGACUUAUUCUGGUCUGUACAACAACAAAAAGGUGUGAAUGACUGUGUGUGUGUGUGUGUGUGUGUGUGUGUGUGCGCGUGUGCGUGCAUGCGUGUGUGUUGGGAAUACAUUCAAGUGUUUUUUCAAUGUCUUGCUGUAACUUUGUCGCAGAAAAACCAGAAUGCUGUGAUUUGGCAUGCCCUCGUUAUACAUAAAAGAGUUGUAACUCCUCUGGUGUGUGUUUGUGUGUGUGUGUGUGUGUGUGUGUGUGUGUGUGCGAGAGAGAUUCAGCCUCUACUAUGGCUGAGGAAUCAGGGAGACGACGAACAAGACACAGGUGAAACGGGGACAAAAAGACUUCAAAAUAAGAGGGAAUUUCACAAUAAAAUGACAUUGACAACGGAACAUGACCAUGGUCGUGUAUCAGCACAAAUGUAUGAUGCACAUCACAAUACUGGGACACAAAGGUUCCUCCCAUAUAGAAACAGGAGUGCACCAUGAAAUCUGAAUAAUUCAGUUUCAUAGGUAGAAUAAUAUGAUGAAAGUAUAUAUUUGAAACUGGUGUGAGGUUUGUUCUCUGUGUUCACACACACACACACACAUAUAUUCAGCCUCAGAAAUCCUUUACAUUGUCCCUUAAAUUUAAACUUUCCCUGGUGAAUAUUUGAAAUGUAUUUUUCUCUGCACAGCAGUUACAGAAAGUGAAACCUGUCUGUAGGUAAUGUUCAGGUGGAGGUUAGGUGGAGACAGACAGACAGACAGACAGACAGAUAGAGUGUAGGCGUGUUGGCGGGGCGUGAUGUGAAAAACAUCAUUUAUUUGUUCAUCUUUUGUUUUUUAUUCCAGCUACAAAAUAAAUGUGCAGGUUUUAUCUC